CUGGCGGCGGGAGCUGAGCCCACAAGUUGCAGGCAGCGGAGCGCCACCUCGUCCCGUUCGCAGCCCCUGCGCCCACCGGCUGCGGCCGGUGCCAGGACGCUCAGCCCUCAGACGCUGAUCCCAGAUGUGACAGCGGGAUCGCCGCCCCUUCUCCUUCCCAGCAGGAUCCACAGAGUCUCGUCUGCUUCUCCGCUGCCCAAACCCUAAGGCUGGAAGAUGUGGCAGCCGGCUACUGAGCGCCUGCAGCACUUCCAGACCAUGUUGAAGUCUAAAUUGAAUGUCCUAACACUGAAAAAGGAACCUAUACCAGCAGUCAUCUUCCAUGAGCCAGAAGCCAUUGAACUAUGUACCACCACACCACUGAUGAAGACAAGGACUCAUAGUGGCUGCAAGGUCACCUAUCUGGGCAAAGUCUCCACCACAGGCAUGCAGUUUUUAUCUGGCUGCACCGAGAAGCCAGUCAUUGAGCUCUGGAAGAAACACACACUGGCCCGAGAAGACGUUUUUCCAGCCAAUGCCCUCCUAGAGAUCCGUCCAUUCCAAGUGUGGCUUCAUCACCUUGACCACAAGGGUGAGGCGACGGUGCACAUGGAUACCUUCCAGGUAGCUCGCAUUGCCUACUGCACAGCUGACCACAACGUGAGCCCCAACAUCUUCGCCUGGGUGUACAGAGAGAUCAAUGAUGACCUGUCUUACCAAAUGGACUGCCACGCUGUGCAAUGCGAGAGCAAGCUGGAGGCCAAGAAGCUGGCACAUGCCAUGAUGGAGGCCUUCAGGAAGACUUUCCACAGUAUGAAGAGUGAUGGGCGGAUCCAUAGGAGCAGCUCUUCUGAAGAGGCUUCCCAGGAAUUAGAAUCUGAUGAUGGCUGAAGGAAUUUAAGAUGUUCCAGGGAAGGCAGCAAUUGGGCAAAGAAUUUCAGAAGAUAGAUGCAUUUGCAAUGAUUCAAAUUUGGUAUGAAAAGACUGCCAAAACUAUUGGCUGACCAUGCUUUUUAAAUUCAGAAGAGCAAUUCUAAAUCUAAAGAAAUGUAUCAUUAAUUAUGUGACAUUGAAAUCUGCUGCUGCUGCGACCAUGAGGAGAGUGGGUGUAUGGGCGGGGAGGAAGGUUCCAGACUGUCUUCUCGGUUUUUUUCUCCUAUUCCAACACUUCCUGGUGGGAGAUCUCUACGCCUAUUUUCAUCAUUCUCAGGCAAAUGCUCUGUGGCUGUAGUCUGAUGGACUGUUCCAAUCUGCCUUAUGAAAUCCAACAAGAAUGUUAGGCUAGUGGGUGGUGGGCUGGUGGGUGGUGUGGGGAGGUGAUGCUAGUGUGGAGGUCGCAGGAUGGAAGGGACAUGUCCAGUCCAUGUGACUGACUGAUUGCUCCUCUCUCUUGGCAUGUUUGCAGACACUCUCCUCAGUACUGGUGAAUCAGCAGAGCUUGGAUUGAGCUUUACAACUAACAGCACGCUAGAUGGCAGUUAAUUCGCAGUUAAAAAUAAUGCUUUGAUUUACGUGAGCAUAUCAAGUAGUACCCUCCUAUUGUAUUUACUUCAUUUAUUUUCUUAGAAUCCUUGCAACUAAUGAUCAUGUUCCUCCUUCUGCCCCACCAUGUUCUUUCUCCUUCCAGCCUCCCUAAAAGGGACAGAAGCUCAACACACUUCAGGACUCCAACAGGGAAGAAAAUAACAAUUAAUUCAAUAAACAGUCAGCAGACCUACCAGAAGUCUCAGACAUCAGAAACCCUAGAACAAAAGGGGAAUGGGUUGCCCAAGUCUAUAGAGGUUGCCCUUAUUAAGUCCUGAUAUAUAGUAACUUACUUGGUUAAGUCCUAUUGGAUGACUCCUUCAUGGAAAGUUUAAACUCUGACAUGGCAUUGCCUGGGAAGUCUUGCUUCAUCAUUCAACCUUGAACUCAUGUAGGGAAUGAGGGAAAUCAAGUCAGUUUGCCCAUGUCUAUCUGGAAACCUAAAGGGAAAUGUGACCUUGUUGUCCUGAAGUCAGUAAUAGCUUAGAGUCAGAAUAAGCCCUUUGACUGUCAGUUCUGAAGAGAAAUUAUCAUUGAUAGCUUGAGAUCUCUCAAUUUCAAGAUCUUUGCAUAUCAUAAUCAUGGAAAGUAGUUGUUAAAAUAUACACAUUUAAGAUGAAUAGAUACAUUAAGAGGGCACAUGAGCCACCUUUUCAAGUGAUGUUGCUCUUUUAAAGGGUGUGUUUUAUUUCUGGUGAUGCUAAGGGCAACGGGGCACCUUAGAAGCCUUAAGUGAAAGCUAAUAUAAUCCAGACAGCAAUGGUGUUGGUAUUUUAGUCUGUGUACCCAUGUGUCCAUGUAUGUGUUUGUGUGUGUGUGUAUGUCCCCUGUGUGGGUCCAGUUUCAAGGCAUGUACAAUAAGCAUGGAGUCGUUUGGUGAGGACUCACCUCCUGAAGAUAUGCUUGUUGCUUUUUGACAAUUGUAAACUAUUCUUUAGAUAAAUGCAUUCACUCUUUAAUAAAAAUAUGUUUGUGUUAAUAAAGCCAGGAUGUUUCAUA